AUCUCGCCGACUUUCGUAUUCAGCUCUGAGCAGUAGACACAGCUGCUAACCACAGGAGCCAACAUGGCUCGAGUUUCUCCACACUCUCCUGUUGAUCUUGAUGAUCUUGAUGAAGAGACAAUCUUUGGUGACGUAGACAGGCCCGGUGCAAAACCUCAUCUCAAACCUCGCAUUCGUUGCCUUUGGCCUUGGUUGAGCAUUGGUUCGCUUAUAGUCACAUCCGUGUUCUCCUUCACGCUAUGGAUACGCACGCCUCCCGCUCAUCUUGCUAUAUACUCUCCAGCGAGUGUUGCUGUCGAGCCUGUUGUUAUAAGGUUCAAUGGAACCGUCGAUUUUCCUUCUAUCUAUCGUAUUGACGGUGGACCUAUCAAUGAUCCCCACUAUCAUGGCCCUCCUCCUCCAGAACUCGAUGCCGCUUGGGCCAGGGUUUCUGACGAUGUGCCACCAAUCCGGGUUACGAUUGAUGACCUGCGUAAAGCUGGAGGAGUAGAUCUACCAGCGAAGGUCAAGUAUCCACAAAGCAACGGUGGAGGUUUCAUGGUAUCGUUGGAAGUCCAUCAACAACUGCGCUGUCUGAACUUCCUUCGCAAGUCCUCUUGGCCCGACCAUUACAAGUUGGAUCCCUGGUUUCAGCGGGACCCCUCGGUAGUUCGAAUGCAUCUCGAUGACUGCGUCGAACUGAUCAGGCAGUCUAUCAUGUGCAAUGCCGAGGUCGUGAUGAUCACGUGGGACUGGGUAACAAAUCACUCGAAACCCUACCCUAACUUCAACACCCGUCAUGCAUGCAGGAAAUUUGAGAACGUCAUGGACUGGGCUGUCCAACAUGCUGAUCGAUCCGAGGUUACUCGCAUGGAGGAUACGAUCGACCUCCCUUUCCCUCAUCAGUACAGUAUAUGAUGUAUCUUGCGGCAUGAGAUCGCACUAUGAUAAGUUACUCCUUGGCAGCUAUUGAAAGUAGGUUAUACUGAGGAUGUGACGAAAUUUAAGCAAAAAUGAGAAGGUGGC